AGUGUAAGGAGUAAAACAGAAUCCCUUCAAGUAAUCCACCCAAAUGUCCCGUAUAUUAUGUCAUGAGAAAAGUUCUCUGAAAAAGUUUUUUUUAGUGAAACUCAAGUAUUUAAUUAAUUAAUAUUUCAGUUUGCCAAAAGGAAACUAAUUAACGAAAGAAAAAUCCAUCGCUUUUCCUUUUAAAGUUUUUUAAAUGCCUCUCUCAGUCCUAAAGUUUGUGUUUACUUCUGUAUUCUUCAUCGCGUUUUCCCCUGACUAAAUUAUUAUAGGCUCAUCUAGUCUUGUUAAUAAGUGGAAAACUUGUUGCCUUUUGGUUUACUCCGGAUUUACCCAUUUACCGCGAAUGGAUUCUCUUGCAACAAUUCAUGAAAAACGGAAGUAAGCCAGGAUCUCGUCCUUAUCUUAUCUCGCUGGUUGAUUGACGAACAGUUUUAGUCUGCCGUUUUUCGGUACCCCGGCAAAAACAUUACAUUUUUUACCAUGGAGCAGUCAAGACAUUUAUUCUUCAUAAAAACUACUGUGAUCAUUUUGGCCAUUUUAUGUACACUUAUGGCAUGUCACGCCAGUAUUGAUAAAAAGGGCGGUGCUCAUGACGCAAUUGUAGGUUGGGGCGAUCAAAUUUUCUCCACGAUCAGCCAGAAGAUGAACGAGUUGACCGACUUUGACACAAUCAAACAAAUUAUUGACGCUACGAUUGAAGAGGAUUGCUACGUCGAGGAAUGUCCAGCAGGUCGUGUGAGGCAGCCAAAUCCUUAUUUCAUUUCUGAAAGUAAUGGCUGUGGUUCAUUCGGUUAUCAGUGGAAAAAGGAUUUGUUACCCGACGAAGGGCUUGAGGAUUGCUGUAAUGUCCACGAUCAUUGCUACGAUGAAUGCGGCGCUGAUAAAGAUAUUUGCGACCUUGAAUUUAAAACUUGUCUUUACAGCGUCUGUAAGAGCAGGAAACAUGAAUGGACAGCAAAUGAACUGAAAGCUUGUAAAGGUGCUGCCAAAUUGAUGUACACAGCUACUCAAGCUUUCGGCUGUAAAGCAUAUCAAAAUGCCCAGAAAAAAGCCUGUCGUUGUGUUGGAGUGAGUCAUCAGGACCUGUGAGCUGCAAAACAUCGAGGUGGACAUUUAGUAAUGCAGCGGUUUCGAUGCUGCUUUGUUUGAUGCUGGUGGUUGCCGCAAUGGCCGAACCGGAGCCAAAGGCAGAGGCAUCUGCAGAUCCUCAAUAUCGUCCUAGAUAUGAGCCCGAAUACAAUCCCAGUUACCAUAAACCUGCUUACAAACCAGAUUAUUACAAACCGGAUUACCCAGAGUCUUAUCCUAAACCUGGGUAUCCUCAACCUUACGCCAAACCCAGUUACGGCCCAUCUUACAAGAAGGAUAACUACUACUGUGACCCCCGCACUCCACCAAAGUGCGCAAAUGCAUCCGCCCCCUACUGCCUUAGCGAUUACGAAUAUCCACUUGAAGAAAUUCAGUACGCCAUCGAGUACGACCCGUUGAUUCUGAAGAAAUACGCUGAAGUCGCUAUUCAGUCAGCUGAUAACCUGGUCGGUGGUGUCACGUCAUUGGAAGAGAACAAAUUCGACUACUCCAACUACAACGGUGAACCUUUUGACGAGAGCAACUGGAUUGGCGGUGAAGGAUACAUCUGCCCCAGCGACGUCAUUUACGCCCGUCCCGUCCGUGCAAUGAACGUCGAAGGCGAAUGGCGUGUCAUCGUACAGAAUGUCGCCUACUACACCCAAACCCAGCGCGUGGAGACUUGCUUAUUCGCCGGCUCAUCUUGCCGUACCUUGGCUCCUUGUCAUCACAGCUCCUGUGUCCAGAAGUACGUCUAUCAUCGUAUGCUCUCCUUUGAUCCUUGCGAUACCUACAAAGGCCUGUUCAUUGACAUUUACAAGCUACCAUCGGCCUGCUCCUGCCGCAUUCCUGAUAAAAGCCUUUAAAUUCUAACAACUGUUUCAUGCUCCAUAAAAGUCAAUCUAUUUAAAAAUUCAAGAAUUCUGCCGAUUUUACCUUAAACCCCACUCAGAUUCGACAUUGAAUCUGUCACUGACAAAGCAAUUUUAUGUUUAUUGAUUACAUUGCACAAUAAAAAUUUUUUCAAUUAUU